CUUUAAACGGUUUAUCAAAUAUGAACACUCUACAUAUUGCCAUUAUAUUUGGUGCUGUGUUUGGUAGCUCUCUUGCAGGACCAGAAUGUAAAGAGAGAAUGGAGAUUGGACCAUGUGAUGGAGCCUUCAAUAGAUAUUACUAUGAUAUAUUGUCAAGUCAAUGUAAACUAUUCUCCUAUGGUGGUUGUGGGGGCAAUAAAAAUAAUUUCCAUACUUAUGGUGAAUGUGUUAAACAGUGUGAGAGCCAAGACGUCUGCCAACAACUUAAAGUAGUAGGGCCAUGUGAAGCUCUUAUACCUCGGUAUUACUUUGAUACCAAAACCAAUACUUGUCAAAAAUUUAAUUACGGUGGUUGCCUUGGAAAUGGAAAUAAUUUUAGAAAUAUGCAGAACUGUAUGACAAAAUGUAUGCCAAAUCAUAAAGGAUAAUAAAAUAUUUAUUCAACA